AUGAAGAACCCCUUCACAAACAAAGAACUCAACAACCCCGGAGCAAAAUCCCCUCCCCUAACCGACCUCUCAAACGACACCGAUGAAAAGCGCCGAAGCAGCUCUUUUGACGAAUCCAAGAUCCCAUGGGUAACAUGGCGCUCCCUAACACUAGGCGCCUUCGUCUCAAUCGGCGGUAUAAUCUUCGGCUACGACACCGGCCAGAUAUCGGGCUUUCUCGAGAUGAAGAAUUACAAAGAGCGCUACGCACAGCUCAAAUCAGAUGGCUCUUACGAAUUCAGUAACGUUCGGUCCGGACUGAUUGUUUCAAUGCUUUCAAUCGGCACAUUGAUAGGAGCACUCAUUGCCGGACCCCUAGCCGACCGAAUCGGACGUAAAUGGUCCAUCUUCGCCUGGUGUAUCAUUCUACACGUCGGGCUGAUAAUCCAAAUCACCGCCCCGGCUGGAAAAUGGUACCAAAUGAUGAUGGGCCGGUUCGUAACUGGUUUCGGCGUCGGCGCCUGCUCACUCCUAGUACCCAUGUAUCAAGGCGAGAUAUCGCCUCGACACAUUCGCGGCGCAAUGGUUUGCUCAUACCAACUCUUCGUAACGCUGGGCAUCUUCGUCGCAUACUGCAUAAAUUUCGGCACCGAGUCCAUCGACAACACCGCCAGCUGGCGCAUCCCAUUAGGAAUAACAUUCCUCUGGGGUCUACUCCUAGGCUUUGGAAUCCUUCUCUUCCCCGAAAGCCCACGAUUCGACUACCGCAACGGGCGCGCCGAAACGGCCAAGAAGACAAUGUCCAAGCUCUACGGCGUCCCGCAAUCCCACCGCGUCAUCGUGCACGAACUCCUCGAAAUCCAAGAACAACAGGAAGCAGAGAAAGGCUCCAAGGGCGGCUGGCAUGGCUGGGUUGAGAUGUUCCAAGCCCCGCGCAUGCCGUACAGAAUUGCCCUGGGCGUAGUGCUCCAGAUGUUCCAGCAAUUAACCGGCGCCAAUUACUUCUUCUACUACGGCACGGUCAUCUUCAACGGCGCAGGAAUAAGCAACACAUACGUAACACAGAUGAUCCUCGGCGGCGUAAAUUUCGGCACAACCUUCGGCGGCCUCUACGUAAUCGAGCACUUCGGCCGGCGCAAAUCCCUCAUAGCCGGCGGAAUCUGGAUGUUCAUCUGCUUCCUCAUCUUCGCCUCAGUAGGCCACUACAGCCUCGACAUCAACGAACCAGCCAACACCCCCGGCGCCGGCAAGGCCAUGGUCGUCUUCGCGUGCCUCUUCAUCACCGGCUUCGCCAUGACCUGGGGCCCCAUGGUCUGGGCAAUCGUCGCAGAAUUAUACCCAUCGCGGUACCGCGCACGCGCAAUGGCCAUGGCCACGGCGUCGAAUUGGCUGUGGAACUUCUUGAUUGGGUUCUUUACGCCGUUUAUUACGCAUGAUAUUGAUUUUGCGUAUGGGUAUGUUUUUGCGGGGUGUUUGUUUUUCGCUGUGCUCACUGUUUACUUCUUUGUUAUCGAGGGUAAGGACAAGACGCUUGAGGAGAUGGAUAUGAUGUAUGUUAUGCGCGUUAAGCCUUGGGAGAGUAGUAAGUGGGAGGCGCCGGCGCCGGAGCACCAGCUUACUACGGCUCAGCUUAUGGAUCGUGGAUUGGCGGAGGGGUUGGGGAGGGAGGAGGAGGAGGGUGGGAAUAAUAAGGCUGAAGAGCCGGUUCAUAUGCAUGAGGAGGAUGCUGCUGCUGGACCUGCUGUUGCAGGGCCUUCUGGUAGUUAG